UCCUUACAUCCUUACAUCCUUCCUCCCUCAUCUCUUUCUUUCUCAUCCACACAACCUGUCAUUCUACAAACUUCACAUCGUUUUCCUAAAUGUCCGCUCUUCCUCUCUCCAUCCUCCUCCCCCCGCUCCAUCAUCCUCACCUCCCCCACCCUUUUACAUUGUAUGUGGCGUGAUGUGGAUGAACGAUCACGACGCGCCUUUCAAAUGUUAAGUGAUGUAGGCAGAGGCCCGCAGACUGUGAUUCACUCCAAAGGAGGAGCUUAUAGAGGAGCUGGAGGAGGAGUGGAAGCGGAGAGGGAGUUGCGUGGUUUGGUUUGUCAGCUUUCAUUCUCCUCAGCAGGGUCCUCCGUUGUAAACGCACGCACGCACGGGAGGACGACAGCAUGGAGCGGAUGGAGUCGAUGGAGCCGAUCUCGGCGUACUACACCUCAUCUUACCCGGAGAUCCAGCCUGACAGCGGCUUCGGAUCCAGAGAGACCACCGAGAACCAGGCGAAGACUCCACCAGCUCCGACAUAUGACGAGGAUUUGGUGCACAAGACGAUCCUGGUCGGGGACAGUGGAGUGGGAAAGACGUCUCUGUUGGUGCAGUUCGACCAGGGCAAGUUCAUCCCUGGCUCCUUCUCUGCCACAGUGGGCAUCGGAUUCACGAACAAAGUGGUAACUGUGGAUGAUGUAAAGGUCAAACUACAGAUUUGGGACACAGCGGGACAGGAAAGGUUCAGGAGUGUGACACAUGCAUAUUACAGAGAUGCACAUGCUUUGCUCCUCCUGUAUGACAUCACCAGCAAAUCAUCCUUUGACAACAUUAGGGCAUGGCUAACAGAGAUCCAUGAGUAUGCACAGAGCGAUGUAGUCAUCAUGUUGCUGGGCAACAAGGCUGACAUGAGCAGUGACAGAGCGAUCAGGAGAGAUGAAGGAGAGAGGCUGGCCAGAGAGUAUUCAGUUCCCUUUAUGGAGACAAGUGCCAAGACUGGAGUCAAUGUAGAGCUGGCUUUCACUGCUGUGGCCAAAGAACUGAAGCACCGAGCCGUCCAGCACCCCAACGAACCCAAGUUCCAAAUCCACGAAUACAUCGAAGCACAGAAGGAGAAGUCAGGCUGCUGCAGCUACUUUUAAAUCCCAUCUCCUGAGUCCUCCUCCCACCACUCUGGGUGAACAGACUGUCAGAGAUGCACUGAGAGCUACAGAGUGGGAGGAGGAUCUAUUAACUCACUGCUGCUCCCAAAAUAUGAUGCUGCCAUUCAUUCAAGACGAAGAGCCAAAAGUAGACCAGUGGAAUCAGAGGAGGAUAAACCGAGAUACAAACUCAUGAAGCCCACAUGUUUCUGAGCUGAGGGCAGCUUCCUCAAAUCCUAUGAGAAAAUAACCCGACAGUUGCUGUUUGCUUUCUUUAUGAGAGUAAGAUGAGAAGAUCAAUACCACUUGUGUGUGUGGGUAAAGAACAGAGCUUUUGUAAGGAUGUGAUUAGACCAGAUUAGCAUGUGGACUGAAGGUAGGAGGACACAUCCAGCCUAGAUACCACAUCAUCACUGUGCUGAAGAGAGAAAGAAAACUACAAACAGAUGUAAAUAGAUAAAUGAUCAUGUUCAUAAUAACAAUGCUAACAUGCAUGCUAAGCAGAUAUAAAGGUUACCAUGUUUACCAUCUUAGUUUAGCGUGGUAGCAUGCUAACAUUUGCUGAUUACCACUGAACACAAACUACAGCUGAAGCUGUUCAGGGUUCAUCCUCUGGUGACCAUGAAUGUCUGAAUCAAUCCAAGUGGCAUUCGAGACAUUUCAGUAGAAAACAGAGAUGUCUGUCUCAUGAUGGCGCCAGAGCAAAAAUUAGUCAAAUCACCCAAAUCAGCAGGUUUCAUUCUCUGGUGACCACGAAUCUCUGCACAACUUUUCAUGUCAAUCAGUCCAGUGGUUGCCGAGAUGUGUCAACCUGACAGAGAUUGCCAUCCAUAGAGCCAUGCUGCUAACGCUGCUAAAAAUACGGCUAGAAACAUUAGUCUGCUUCAGAGGUGACUCAGUGUCUUGAAAUGCAAAAACAACAAUGCAUAUUUUUUAUGUGGUGGAACUAUUUCUGUCUGUGUGCAGUCACUGCACCCAGCUGUUGUUUGCCAAGAAGUUCCAGCAAGAAAUGACCUUGAAAAUCAGAAAUUGUCUUUCUUAUAUGUUUUGUUUAGAAGAAGAUAAAAGAUGUUGUUUAGCUGUAUUAUUUUCCUUCCUUCCUUCCUUCCUUCCUUCCUUCCUUAACUAGUUGCUUGUUAGCAGGCAUACUGGCUCUUUAUUAGUCCUUGUAAUGUGCUUAUUAACACUUUAUGUUCUUUUUUUACACAACAAAACACAAAACUAGUUAGUUUUUAGUUAGUUAUGAUCAUUUUAGAGAACACAUUCUGAGUCAGAGAGACUUAUUUGAACAGUAUUAACACUGGUAGUUUUGUUAUGUGAGAAUAGACCGUAUUUGUCAGGUGUUAUUCAGGGAGAAUUACUGUUGUUGUGUUACCUUAUAAGGUCCAUACUGAGCAGAGCUUAUUGAGAUCAGAAUUCAUGUACAAUGACUUCCUUCCUUACCAUCAAUCAGCAGUAACUAGGAGGUUACUGAGGGAAAACUCUUAGUUAACGGCCUAGUAGCUGUAGAAUAUGAUCAUACAGAAUAAGGGAUUAAUAAAUUAUUUAUAAUGACUAAAAAAGAGCGAAGUAUGCAUGUUAAUAAGCAACUAGUUACUGGUGUAUAGGUGUACCCUAAUAUAAAGUGUUACUAAAGAUAAUAUCAAUCUUCUCAUCUAGUGCUCAGCAAGAAAGCAAACAGCCUUUUUCCCCAAAAUGUCUUAUGUUUUACAGCAAGGUGAUUUUCAUUUUCCUUAAAAAACUCAGUGAGCUUUUAAUUUAGCAAAAACAUCACUGCUGACAAACAAUGAAACACAUCAUUUUGCCAAAGUGGAAAAAAAACUGUCGAGCACCCCCACACACACACCCACUCUGCUGAAGCAACCUGAGGCCAAACUGAUACAAGUUUAGAUCCUAUUUGAUAAAAAAAACAACAUUGCUGCAACCUUGUGUAUCAUGCAAUCUACCAACAGAUCCAGACAAAGGCCAUACACUGUGUCAUGGAUGCAAUUCAAAGCCAAGUACAUGGACAAAAGCCCCGUCUGUCUGUGACUGAGUCAGACCGGUGACGGCUGCUGCUGAAGACUCACUGAGAAAAGCUGAUGUUCUCUGAGGAAGUCGACUGUAUUUCUGCAGAGGGAUGUGUCAGUGAUGGAAAACAGUGUCUAGAGGAGGAUUUACUGGAUAAGAACAAACAGAAUUUGAGCUAUUUGACAUUAUCUGUGGCUGGAUUUCUCAUUUUGUCCGACAUAUUAUCAAACACCUGUGAACAUAGUGUAUUUGUGAGCGAGUGAACAGAUUUCUGACUAUUGUUUUUGAUAUAUUGGCUGCAUUAUUUUCCUCCUCAACAUGUAUAUUUUGCUUUAAUGGCCUGAUUAAUGAACUUCAGUUUAAAGCUCAGUUGCAUGUUUGCUGGAUUGCAUGUACCGAGUCUGUGUGCAGAGCCUCCAGAACAUAUGAAACUCUAUUUAUAUUUACAUCAACAUUAACAUAGAAAUUUGAACAACAAAUUAGCAUAUCUAAUCAAAUUUUAACUCAAUGCUCAGGGUUAAAUUUUGUUUUGAAAUGUAACAGUAUAUAACAAGUCCAUAUCAACAUAUUAAAGCUGCAUUAAUUGAUUUGGCUCUUUCACCUUCUACAUCUUUAUUUGAUCUAUUGGAAACAGAAAUAUUGAUUAAUGCAGCUUUAAAGCACAAAUGAUGUCACAACGAAGGCUUCAUGUUCAGGUUUCACUGUCACAUGAGCAAGUUUAUGAACUUCUGUUUGACAACAGUAUGCAAUGCUUUCAUAUUGAUCCGUUAUUGUAUGCUCUGAGUCAGCUUGGACAGCUCAGGUCUAACAGUUUCUAAUCGAAUAUGAUUCAGACUGUGGCAAUUAGACUUUGUAUACACUCAACAGCUGUUUGUUAUCAGAUCUCUCUGCCAAAAGUUGUCUUUGAUGUGUUGUAUGCUGCAUAAAGAAUAAACUAUUUUUAACUGAA